AACACAGCCAUGAACUGACCAGGUAUCUAUAGCUCUGGCGCCAUUUAAAAAUUUUAGUUUGUUUCCAUUAUCCACUCGGCAACGUUGUGAUUCUGUGUGUUCAAUUACAAUUUAACCGAUUCUGUCAAAUUUAACAUUCUUAUAUUUCAUUCGAGAUUGAUCACUUGUCUUUAAUAAACACUAUAGCCAAGCCCUACUGCACCUAUGGAAACUAACGGACUAAGUGUGUAUAACGUGGGAGCAAGUUUAGACUUGGAUGCGUUAACUCAAGGUGGAACACAAAGUAGUAAUCACGGCGAGGAUGACAGUGACGACGAUGGAGACGAAGAAGAAAUUCAGCAACGAAAUGCAGAGUUACGAGAUCUCCUUACAAACGCUUUUGAUGACUUGAUUGAAGAGGAUGAAAGUGAUUUAGAGACAACAAAUCAACAUUUUCCAAAGCAUCAGUCAGACAAAAGUCAAGAGUUUCCUUCAGAUAAUUCAAAACACAAUUUCUCCAAAGACCAAGAAUAUGCAGGAAACUCUUUGUACAGCCCAUUACACCAUGAAGGGAAUGGGGACCUAUCUGAAACACAGUAUCAUGGUGUUGAUAAUCCCAGCAAUACUUCUUCUUUCAAUGCCUGGUCACAGAAUAGCCAUAAAAAGAAUUAUGUGAGAUUCAGUCCCUUGGAGGAAAACAAAACCAACACUUACAACAGACCUCGGUGGAGUCAUGAGGAAGACGUGGAAAAACACUACCUCUCAUCUGGUCUCAACUCGCAAGCAGAACUGGAGAUAUUGUACGCUGCCAGAGGAACUGAAAUCAGCCAACUCACUGCCGAACUCCAUCAGCUGCAUCAUCAAGUUGCUCUUUUGGAAGGAGAAAAAACUGGAAUGAAAAUCACGUUAGAGACGAGUGAUAGCAUCCUUAAGAAAACUAACGAAGAAAAUGUGCGUCUCAAGGAGAAGGUCGAAGUUUUGAACCAACGAAUCCACGAAGUGACAGAAACAAACAAUAGUCUUGUGUCUAAGCUUCAGGCAGCUGAAAAUAAUACGAUAAGUUUAGAGCGUCAGCUUCUUGAUCUCAACCUACUUCAGGCCAACCAUCGUGAUGCUAAUAGACAAGACAUUUUGCUAAGCGGAGUCAAGGCAAGAUACGAAAACGAUUUGCGAACUCUGAGAGACGAACUGAACCGUCUCCGGUCGGAGCUUGAUUGCAAGAAUGAAAAUGUUUCAACUCUUGAGCGAAAGCUUCGCGACGUUACAGAGAUGCACGAACGUACUCUGACUGAAAGAGCGGCCAACCUGCAGGAGUUCAAUCGUGCUCUUGAUCAACAACGAAUGCUGCGUGAGCAGCGCGACACACUCACCAGUGCUACUUUGUUGGAUCAGUUGUCGAAAGCCCAGGAGGAGAUUGAGCGUCUGAAAAAGGAGCGCAUUUCUCAAACCCUAUCCGAUUCCAUGACCCAAUUGCGAUUAGGAUCUGCCAGAGACCAUCGGGAUGUCAAGCAAUCGGAGCGAAUCAUCAGUAGCCUUGAACAGCGCUUGCAGACUUCGGAGAAAACUAUAACGCAGUUGGAAGAAAAAAUCUACCAAUUGCAGAAAGAUAAGGAGAUUCUCAGCAAAGAUCUCAGCGCAAUGCACAAAGCACCACCAAUCCCAUCUAAUGACCAAGACAGCAAGCUUAGAACCGAGCUUGACAACGUGAAAGAGCUUUACCUGGCGGUUUGUCGCGAGAAAGAUUCCUUAGAGGAUCACAUGCAACAGCUGAUUUCUGGCCGUAGAGAAUUGGAAGAAGAAAAGAACCAGUUACUCAGAGAAAUGGAAGACAUCAACAAAAAUCUGGAUGAAAAUCUCAAUAAGCACAAGGCUAUGGUCGAGGCCAAUUGGGAUGCCAAAUUACAGACCGCCAUUCAGGAGCAAUUGGCCCGCGCUCGGCUUGAAUGGCUGAGAGAGAAAACUUCGGGACAGGUUGACGACCUGGUACACGUGGAGAAGAGCCUAGGUGAGCUGCAGUGUUUGCGCGAAUCGAUGGAUGCUUUGCGCCACGAGCGAGACGUUUUGCAGAACGAGGUUAUGAAGCGCCAGCAGCAACUCAAACUGGAGAGACAUUUGCUUCGCGAGAAGUUUGAAGUCGAGAAGAAAAUGCUGAUCAAAUCGUGGCAGGAAAAAGUGACGGCUGCAUCCCUAACGGCUGCAGAUAAAUCAGAGACCCAACAAUCUGAACGGACGCUGAUCACAGCCACCGCAGAUGCCAUGGCAAGGCUAAGGCAGCAGUGUGAAGAAGAGAAGCUUUCCAUCAUCGCUGAAUACGAGAAACAGAUUCUGGAAUUGCAGUCCAACUCGUCGACACCCCUAACGUCGCAAAUGGCAUUGAGCACCCGUUCGGCUCAGGCGGCCCUGGAUUGGAAAUUGGACUUGUCCAAGAUCAAAAUGUGCCUUAAAAACAACCAACAGCGAAACGCCGCCGAUUUGCUGCCCAGCCUGGACAGUGCCAUCCAGAAGAUGGAAACAUUGUGGCUGCACGAUCAGAAAAUGAUUCAGGAUCAGGCCGACAAGUACAAACAUCUCAAGCGGCGGGUCCGCGACUACCAGAAAUACGUCAACGACAAAAUGGCCAAGCACAAAGUCGAGCGACAGCGUAGCGAAGAUUAUUGUCGGCUAGUGAUCUCAGAUUUGCUGGGCAGAGUCAAUUCGGAGCUCCAGUUGCUGGAUCAAGAUCGAGCCAACGUCAAUCGGGUCGCCACUGUAUCCGGCAAAGCCCAACAACUUCCCGUUGUUGCGAGGACUGCGACUGCGUCGUCCAGGGCACCAAUCGCCUCCACUCCAGUCAGUACCCAAGGCGGUGGUUUACAAGGACUACGUCACGUGCCAGGAUCGACUUUCGCACAAGGGAUCGACGAGUUACAGCAGCAAGUCAACCUUUAUGUUCGAGGACUGACCAAUUUCAACAGUGCUAACAAAUGAUUUACUAUCCUAAAUCGUAUAAACUAAACUUUCAUGCAUGUUCUUCCCAUCGUGAUCCUGACGACUGUACAUUGUUGAUAGCGAAAGAGAGAGAGAAAAGUCUUAUCCACAGUUGAGAAGUAAUACAUUGAUGAUCUUGUAAUAAUCGUAAUAAUAGUAAAUAAUCCCGCAUA